AUGGUCAACCUGGAAGCUGACGAUCCACAGUUCACGGCGGCCAUUCGGGAUGCGACCCCGUAUCUGGCGUCCCUCGUCGCGUCGGCGCUGGAGUUCGACGACCUGCGCUGCGCCACCCUGGACAUCAUCGAAUCGGCGUUCAAUAGCGUCGCUGCCCACGGGUUCAACCCGGACACGGUGUCCAGGGUCCUGGUGGCGCUCAACCCACAGUUGUUCGUAGUCUGGGACAUGGCCAUCAGGGAAGCAUACUUCCCCGACGACGAGCCCAACGGCGCUACCUACGGGCAGUUUCUUUCCGUGAUGCGGAUGGCGGCGUUGUCUAUCGCCAGCGACGCCAGGACGACCCACGGCAUUGACGAUGCGGCGGGGCAUAUAUCUGAAGCGCUCGAUUUGAACCCGGCGAUCCCCCUCGCCAGGUUUAUCGACGAAUACAACUGGCUGACGUUGACGCGUGCGGCGACCGCGCAGCCGUCUCCGGCGUCCGUAUAG